AUGGUGUGGAGUUGGACAGUGCAAGAGCAGAGACUUGGAGAAGAGUUCUUGGAGGAAGGCAUGGUGGAGAUCGCAGAAGCUGCUACUGAGAAUGGGGAUUCUACCAGCAAGGAUGCCGAUUCUGUCGCAGCCGGGAGGAAGGACUGGCCAAUGCUGUACGUCACAACCAUCUUGGAAGACCCCUAUGUGAUGGCCAGGGGCACUGAACUGGAAGGCUACUGCAUUGACCUGUUGGAGAAGUUGUCUGAGAUGCUGCACUUCAAGUACAAGGUGGGCGUCGUGAAGGAUGGGAAAUACGGCUCGAUGAGCACCAACGGGAAUUGGUCAGGGAUGAUCGGUGAGAUCGUGAGGAAGGAGGCAGACCUUGCUGUUGCCCCAUUAACAAUCACAUCGGUAAGAGAAGACGUGGUCGACUUCACCCAGCCCUUCCUGCACACCGGCAUCGGCAUCCUGCUGGAGAAGGAUUUGUCCUGCGAAGACGCUUCCCUUUUCCACUUCCUGUCCCCUUUCAGCAAGGAGAUGUGGGCCGGCAUCCUGGCCGCCUACGUGGUCUCCUCCCUCUGCCUGUUCCUGGCCGCCAGAGUGAGUCCCUGUGAAUGGGACGGAAAUGAUGAAACUCCUUUUACCUUCCUGAACAGCCUGUGGUUUGGAGCAGGAGCGCUUACAUUACAAGGUGCUAUUCCUCGACCGAAGUCUCUCUCUGUGCGGAUCAUCUCUGCCAUCUGGUGGCUGUUUAGCAUCGUGCUGCUGACCGCCUACGUUGCUGGUUUCAGCUUCGUUUUGGAGUCUGGCUCCGAGCAGCUCUCCAUCCAGACCUUUGAAGAUCUGGUGAAGCAGAGGCACCUCGAGUUCGGGACCAUGGCAGGCUCCUCCACCCUCCGCUACUUCAAGGACUCCAAGAAUCCAAUCCAGCAGAUGGUCUAUGAAUCCAUGAACAAGAAGGACACCGUUUUGCCCAAAAGCUAUCAGGAGGCAAUUCAGCUCGUGCUGGAUUCAAACUAUGCUUUCAUCGGCGAAACUGUCUCUCAAGAUCUUGCUGUUGCUCGGCAUUGCAACUUGGUCCGGUCUCCAGAGGUCCUUGGGGCUCGGGGCUUUGGCAUUGCUACACCACAAGGGUCUGCCUGGACUAACAAACUGUCAGUGGCGAUCCUGAAACUCGGAGAAUCCGGUGACCUUGACUACCUACGGAGCAAGUGGUGGGAGAGCAGCUGCUCUCAGGACGAUCACGACAAGUGGAGCCCCUUGAAACCCCAAGCCCUCGGGGGGAUCUUUCUCAUCCUUGCCCUUGGUCUUGCGCUAGGAAUGAUUGUUGCGGUGGUUGAGUUAUCCAAAAAAAGCCGGCGCACUGCUGACCAGGAGAAGAAAUCUUGCUGCCCGGUGUUUACUGAGGAGCUGAGCCAGCGAUUCCGACCAAGAGAAAUUAAGAAGCAAGAAACUGCAGCAAAAUCCAAACCGUGA